AUGAUUUGUUCUGGCCUUUCCCCCAAUGAAUUCACUUUGCCUUUCGUUCUUAAGGCUUGUGGUUGCAAAUCAGCAUACUGGGAAGCUGUUCUUGUUCAUGGGCUCGCCAUCAAAUUGGGAAUUGGAUCCCUAGUUUUUGUGCAAAAUGCUCUCAUUGCUGUUUAUGUUGUUUGUGGGUUGAUUCAUUGUGCGCGGAAACUGUUUGAUGAUAUUACGGAUAAAACUCUCGUUUCUUGGAAUUCGAUGAUUGGUGGGUAUGCUAGAAUGGGUAAUUGGAAGGAAGCCUUUUUGCUGUUUCGGAAGAUGAGAGAAUGGGGAAUGGAACCUGAUGGGUUUACUUUUGUUAAUCUGCUUUCUGUGUGUUCUCAAAGUCGUGAUUUAGAUUUGGGAAGAUAUGUGCACUUUUGUAUAGAGAUUACUGGGGUUAAGAUUGAUAUAAUAAUGAGAAAUGCUCUCAUGGAUAUGUAUGCUAAGUGUGGGAAUUUGCAUUCAGCUCAAGCAAUUUUUGACCGAACCCAGGAGAAAAACGUGGUGUCAUGGACUUCAAUGAUUAGUGCCUACGCUAAACAUGGGUCCAUUGAAGUUGCUCGUCAAAUUUUUGACCAAAUGCCUGGGAAAAAUGUGGUUUCUUGGAAUUCUAUGAUUUCUUGCUACCUUCGGGAAGGUCAAUACAGGGAAGCCUUGGAUCUCUUCAACAAGAUGCGUAAUUCAAGAGUGGUGCCUGAUGAGGCUACCCUGGUUAGCAUUCUUGCAGCUUGUAGUCAACUUGGUGAUUUGGUCAUGGGAAAGAAAAUCCACAAUUACAUACUCAGUAACAAAGGCGCAUAUGGUGUUACACUGUAUAAUUCCCUUAUAGACAUGUAUGCAAAAUGUGGUCCUGUUGUAACCGCCCUGGACAUCUUUUUGGAAAUGCCAGGGAAGAAUUUGGUGUCAUGGAACGUCAUCAUUGGGGCGCUUGCACUGCAUGGGUGUGGAUUGGAAGCAAUCAAGCUCUUUGAGGAGAUGCAAGCUGAUGGGACGUUGCCUGAUGAGAUCACAUUGACAGGGUUGCUUUCUGCUUGCAGUCAUAGCGGCCUCGUAGACAUGGGCCUAUAUUACUUUGACAGAAUGGGUGUGAUUUACAGGGUACCGCGUGAAAUAGAGCAUUAUGCUUGCAUGGUGGAUCUACUUGGACGAGGGGGCCUCUUGGGGGAGGCUAUUGAGCUGAUAGGAAGAAUGCCAAUGAAGCCGGAUGUUGUGGUUUGGGGUGCUUUGCUAGGUGCCUGUAGGAUUCAUGGAAAUGUAGAGAUUGGAAAGCAAAUUCUAAAACAGCUAUUGGAGUUGGAGCCGCACAGUGGAGGCCUUUAUGUGCUUAUCUCAAACAUAUAUUGGGAAGCUCAAAGAUGGGAGGAUGUGAAGAAGAUUAGGAAACUGAUGAUAGACCGUGGGAUCAAAAAGGGUAGAGCAAUUAGCUCGAUCGAGAUCGAUGGUUGUAUUUAUGAAUUCAUGGUUGACGACAAAAGACAUAAAAUAUCGAGCAGCAUCUAUGCAAUGCUUGAUCAAUUAACUGACCACCUGAGAUCUGCAGGUUAUUUAUGCAACAUUUCAAGUGUGUUUUUCGAAGCAGAGGAAAUUUAG